GAUCUACUCUUCAUAAAAUUAUAAUCCAGUUACACUGUUUUCAAUAAUUGAUAACACACAGUGCAAUGCAAAAUAAAUAAAAUGGAUCAAAAGCUCUUUUACAGACGUGUUAAUUCUCAAAAAUAUAAUUUACAUUUAUUAUGCCAACGUAUAAUAUUUCGCUGUAAUUUAUAUAUUUUCAAAAUUCUGGGAUUGGCGCCAUCGAAAAUUAAUGUGUCGAUAAUUUUUGAAAAUGGUCUUUAUAGAAACAAUCUUGGUUAUCCUAAUGAAACUUCGAUAACCGGAGCUUUCUACAAUGUUUUUCUAAUCGUUGCAUUAUGUGUUUAUAUAGUAGUACUUCAAAUAUAUCAUUUGUCGGCUGUGGAACAACUGGAUUCAACUAUAACCCAAAUAGUCGGGAAAAGUAUAUUGAUAUUUGGAUUGGUUGGGGUCAUUGCUAUAUGGUUUAUUUAUAUUUAUUAUCAAAAAGUGAUUGUAGAAAUUUCCAAUGAGUUGUACAUGUUGGAUAAUUAUUUAAAAAGAUAUAAAUAUUAUUUAUCAGAGAAAGAUUUUGGUGUUUACUUCAUGUUUGUCGGAAAUUUUAUCAUCUGGACCAGUUUAAUUUCACUUGGUGCGUUUACAUAUUUCUCUGAGACGUCUUUACUGUGGACAAUACCACACCUGAUUAGCAGUUGGAUUUUAAUACAAUAUGCACUAAUUUUGAACUUUAUAAUUCAACGAUUUAGAAGUUUGAAUAAAACAAUUCUCAAACUUGGUAAAUUAAAUCUAGAUACUGAAUUUGAAACAAUAUUCGUUUCAAAAAUAAAAAUUCAUGAAUCAGCUGUCACUGAUAUUAUGAACAUCAAUUAUGCCAAUAGGAAGUUAUGUGAAAUUUGUAAUCAAGUAGCGGAUUUCUAUGCACUUCCGAUAUUAAUAGCAAUUAUUUAUGGUAUGACAACAGUUAUAUUUAGUUCUUACCAUAUAUUUAUGUCGUUUGUCACAAAUAAUUAUGGAGAUUUUUCAUAUAUCGUUCGCAUUGAAUGUAGUUCAAUAAUAUUAAUGGCAUUUUUCAAUUUCGUUGCCUUAAUUUCGAACGCCAUCAGAGUUACAAGAGAAGUAAAAAAAACACCUUCUUACAUUCAUUUACUUUUGGAUCACUGUGCAACAAAUUUGAAAGUCAAGAAAUGGUUACUUGAAUUUUCACGAGAUCUUUUACAUAGAAAUGUUGAGUUGAGUGCAUAUGGAGUAAUUGUACUAGAUGAUUUUCUUUUACAAACAAUUUGCGGUACUAUAACCACUUAUCUCAUCAUUCUUAUACAAUUUCGUCUUAAGUAGUUUAAGUUAUGUCUAAUUACUCAAAAAUAAGUUUCAAAUACAUUAUCAUUUCCAAAAAAAAUUAUCUCCGCUAUGUUAUCAACAGAAAAAGAAGUAUUGUAGAAUUAUAUAAACUAAUAAAUGGGCUUUGAAUAAUAAUUCCACGAUUUUUCACUCCGUUAGAAAACUUUCCAUCAGCAGUUUAUGUUCGGUUAAAAAAAAACCAUUUUUAAAUUUGAUUAAUGAUUUACUUUUAUAAAAACUAAUAAAGCAAUAAAUUAUGUCACUUAAAAUUAAUUUAUUUGCUCAAAAAUUAGUGACAGGUUAUAGCAGUAGACUCUCGCCAAUUUUCUGAGCAACUUGAAGUCAACAGUA